UGUGAUUGGCAGGCGGCGGCGGCGGGUGCGCGGCGGCCGCCGAGCGGUUUGUUUUGCUCGCGGCCCGGGCGCCCUGUGGCGGCGGCGGGAGCGACCGGGACCGCCCGGGACCGCCCGUCCCCCCGCGCCCCCCACAGCCCCGCCGCCGCGCCGGGACCCGCAGCGCGGCCGCCGGAAGGAGGCGGCGGCGGCGGCGGCGCAGGGCCUGGGAAUGUGGCGGCGGCUCUGAGCCCUCCCCCUCGGCCCGGCCGCCAUGGAGCCGCGGCGGUGACAGCCCCGGAGCUCAACGCGCCGCCGCCCGCCGGGCGCGGGCCCGCCGCCCGCCGAGAUGGAUGAACAAGAGGCCUUGAAAUCCAUCAUGAAGGACCUGGUAGCGCUCCAGAUGAGCCGGCGCCACAGGCUGACGGGAUACGAGACCAUGAAGAAUAAAGACCCUGCGCACUCCAACAAACAGAAGAAGCACAACGGCAGCAGUCCAGCCGUCCUGGGCAGCCCCGCAGUGACGAACCAGUGCGCCUCUGCCGCGGACGAGAAGAAACUGUCGAAUGAUGUGAGGAUAAAGUUUGAAUAUAACGGGGAGAGACGGAUUAUCCCGUUUGUUCGGCCCGUGCGCUAUGAGGACGUGCAGCAGAAAGUGAAGACAGCCUUUGGGCAGCCCCUGGACCUCCACUACAUGAACAACGAGCUCUCUAUUCCUCUGAAAAAUCAAGAUGACCUGGAUAAAGCAGUAGAUCUCUUAGACCGAAGCUCUAACGUGAAAAGCCUUAGAAUAUUAUUGCUGUCUCAGGACAGAAACCAUAGCAGUUCUUCGCCCCAUUCGGGACUGCCCAAGCAAGUCAGGAUUAAAACGUCCCAGUCCGUGGGGGACGUGAACACACCGUAUCAGCAGCCGGAGCCCAGGAGCAGGCAUCUGUCUGUCAGUUCCCAGAACACAGGCCGGAGUUCCCCGCCGCCCGGGUACGUUCCGGAGAGGCAGCAGCGCAUCGCUCGCCAGGGCUCCUACACCAGCAUCAACAGCGAAGGCGAGUUCAUCCCAGAAACCAACGAACAGUGUAUGCUGGACCCUCUAAGCAGCGCGGAAAACUCGGUGUCAGGGAGCUGUCAGUCCUUGGACAGGUCAGGAGACAGUCCUUCUUUUCGGAAGUCGCGGAUGUCAAGGGCACAAAGCUUUCCUGAUAACAGACAGGAGUUCUCAGACCGCGAGAAUCAGAUCUACGACAAAGCGGGGAAAGGUGGCACCUACCCCCGGCGCUACAACGUCUCCAUGCAGCACAAGGACUACAACGAUGGCCGGAGGACGUUUCCCCGGAUACGGCGGCACCAGGGGAAUCUUUUCACCCUGGUCCCUUCAAGUCGUUCCUUAAGCACCAACGGAGAGAACCUGGGCCUGGCGCUGCAGUACCUGGACCCGCGGGGACGCCUGCGGAGCGCGGACAGCGAGAACGCCCUUGGGGUGCAGGAGAGGAACAUUCCCACCAAAUCUCCGAGUGCUCCGAUAAACUGGCGACGAGGAAAACUGCUGGGCCAGGGCGCCUUCGGUCGCGUGUAUUUGUGCUACGACGUGGACACGGGCAGAGAACUUGCGGCUAAGCAGGUCCAGUUCGACCCGGAGAGCCCGGAGACGAGCAAGGAAGUGAGCGCCCUGGAGUGUGAAAUUCAGCUGCUGAAGAAUCUCCAGCACGAGCGUAUUGUUCAGUAUUACGGCUGCUUACGGGAUCGGGCGGAGAAGACCUUGACCAUCUUCAUGGAGUACAUGCCCGGGGGGUCGGUGAAGGACCAGCUGAAGGCGUACGGUGCUCUCACGGAAAACGUCACUCGGAAAUACACUCGCCAGAUCCUCGAGGGAGUCUCGUACCUUCACAGCAACAUGAUUGUGCACAGGGACAUCAAGGGAGCCAAUAUUCUCCGUGACUCUGCUGGGAACGUGAAGCUUGGGGACUUUGGGGCCAGCAAGCGGCUGCAGACAAUCUGCAUGUCUGGAACAGGCAUCCGCUCUGUCACCGGCACACCGUACUGGAUGAGCCCAGAGGUGAUCAGCGGAGAAGGCUAUGGAAGAAAAGCAGACGUAUGGAGCCUCGGUUGUACUGUUGUGGAAAUGCUGACCGAGAAGCCGCCGUGGGCAGAGUACGAAGCCAUGGCUGCCAUUUUCAAAAUCGCCACCCAACCCACCAACCCCCAGCUGCCCUCUCACAUAUCAGAACAUUGCCGGGACUUCCUAAAGCAGAUCUUUGUGGAAGCCAGGCACAGACCCUCUGCUGAAGAGCUGCUCAGACACCAGUUUGCGCAGCUCCAGUACUGAAUUACCUCCCUCGCCAGGCAGCUCCUGCCGGGCUUUCCGUGCCCAGUCUGGUUUAGUUGCGACUGCCCGUUGUGGUGCUGCAUCUUCCAAAUGCCAACUCCAGCCGUCCUAGUCCUUUGGGGAAUUAUGCCAAGGAACCUGGGGUCUGCUCUUGUGCCUGAUACCUUUGUUUGCUGGACUGACGUUUAUUCCACCGACAGCUGUCCGAGCAGAGCUGUGUUUUUGCCCGGGUUACCUUCACGUGCAUUGCAGCUGGCCGCGUGUUUCCUGCAGGAUGAAGCGAAGAAUCGUCUCGCUGGUGGAACAUGGAAGAAAUCUGAACCAAAGUGGGAAUCAGAGCUGCACUCUUCAGAGGGAAACGCGCGGCGGCCACCCAGACCAGCUCGCUGCCUGUGGGUCCGUUUGCCGGGCUGCCGGGGCUUUAGAGGCGUCUGCAGUACACGAACCCAGCAAAAGCCAUGCGGCAUUGAGCAUGCGCUCGCUAUAUAAUUAUCUAUUUUUUUUUUCUUCUUAAGUAUUCAGCAUCUGAAGGUGUUCAGAAAAUAUUGAUUCAGAAUUAUGUGAAUAGUGUUAUUUUAUAACUGAAAACCAUGGAUUCUGGGCUGGGGGUGAGGGAAGUCUUUCUAGCUAAACGUCAGGGUAAUCAGAGGAGUUGCAGCAGAACGCAGUCGCUCCGGGGCCUGAGAUGAAGGUUCUCCCGCUGACAUCAGAAAAUCCAGAGCUUGAUUUCCAAGGCUUGAUCCAUCCUAGAAUCCAGACUGUGUCGCUUACUGUGUGUGCUCAUAGCCGACAGAUCCGUGCUCCCGCUUCGCCUCCCUGGGGCUGCCGGGUCCAGCCGCAGCAAUCCGGGCAGCGGGUUGUGCGGAGCAGCUUUCUCUGGCACCUCUUUUUUGUCCGGUAACUCUUUACCAUCCUUCAAACCAAAGAGCGUUCAUCUGGUGCCCAGGAAUUCACUUCAGCGAAAGCUUAGGCGUUCCUUUGAGGACCUGGCCUAGUAGAAAACGGAGUUUUUCAUGGGGAGGAUUAGCUGGACACGAGUUGUACUUGUGCACAGUAAGUUAGAAUCGAGCUCAACCCUUCAGUGUGUGCGUUUUGUGUUACAGGUGUGCAAGUGUUCAUUUAAGAGUUCCAUAAAAUGUUAUGGCCCUAUUUAAAUAAGCUUUAAAGUCAAACAGUGGAUCAGGGAGAAGGUGUAAUACCAGUAUAUUCUAAAAUUAACUGGACAUCCCCCUGCAGGUACCAGCAAAAUGUACCCAGGUGAUUUUGAACGGUCACCACGUCUUGAACCGGUGACUUAAUGGUUUCAAAUACCGUAUGUUGGUUUGGGCACUAAUAACCCUGAUUUCACUCAGAAAAGACCAACGGUUUUCAAGUACCGGGGAUUCACGGAGUAAUUAGAAGUGAUCUGUGGGAAGUGAAACUAGGAAAAGCAAAUUUAUUAUUAGUGAAAAUGUUGCUUUAUAGAGCAACGCUGGAGUUGUUCUGCUCUCCCAUGGGAAGCUGUGUUAAGGGUCCACGUUCCUCCGCUCUUCUCCCCCAUAAAAACUUGAAAAUGACUUUUCUAAUGCAUUGAAAUGAACAGUUUUUAAGUGAACGCUAAUAGCAGAACAAGCAAGUUUUGAUAAAUAUUGUGUUGAAUUGAGAGUGGGGGAAAAAAAAGAAGAACCCUAAAAAACCCCAACCAACCAAAAGCCCUAAAAGGGUUUCAUAAUCUGAAGAGUUUUUCUCUGUGCCAAACAACGUGUAAUAGGUGAAAACAAGCUGGUGGUGCUUUCAUUUUUGGGAUUACUGCAAGGCUGCACCGCUUCGGUUGCAGGCACUUCGGGGGUGUCUUUUACGGAAGGCCCUGCUCCCUAGUUAUUGAAUUCUAGGGCGAGCGCUUCUCUCGAUCUUUCCCAACCCUGGAACUUCACUCUGAAUUGUCGAGACACGUGCCCUGAUUUUGGGCCGUGCUUCGCUGCCGCUCGCACCGACGGGCAGCAGGGACGUGACGCUUCCUUUCCGCUUUCGGGAGCGUUCUGCAGCGCUUUGCUGCCGUGUCGAUGCUCUUACGCCGCUUCGCUGCAGCGUAAAUGGUUUCACACCACUUUGCUGCAGAGGAACGGGAGAUCAUUCCCGUAGCCCAAGUGACAGGAGUGGGGUGUUCAGCGCUCCUCAGGCCUUGCGACUAGCACCUAAAUAUACCAAAGAUUGGAGGGCUUUGUUGGGCACGCGGCGCCGGAGGGCGCGGUGAUCCCAUCUGCAUUGGUUUGUCCACCCUUGGCUUGUCCUCACCACACCGAGACCCUUUCCCAUGGUCUUUCCUCGCUGUCCCACCACGUUGCGUUUUGGGAGAGAACAGGGCGUGGGGAAACGGUGUCGCUUAAUGUUUCAAAGCAACUAAAUCCUCAGGAUCUGUUGUGGUUUUUACCUCAUCACGGAAAGCUGGUCCAGAGCAAAGAGCAUCCCCGGGCUGACGGUCCUUUCCCCGCUGGUCCUGCGCUGACAUGUGCCUCCUCUGCCUACACACGUGUAUUCCGGUCUGUAUUAACGAGCAGUAAUUAGCAAUUAGUGACAGAGAACACGGGGUGCCAGCUCGGACUUCUCUCGUAUUCCGGUCCCUGACCCAACGCCACCCAUUCGGCACAGGAACAAGCCAAAGCAUUAUUGUAUGUUUGGAGAUGCACUUUCAUGAAUGUAGUUUAUAUCGCUCUUUUUUAGCUCUUUUUACAUCAUGUAAACGGUGAUGCCUCAUACUUUUUUUUUUUAUUUAUAUCGUAAAAGAUCAUAUUUGGUGAUUUUUAUAUAUAUCGACUGUUACGGGGUGGGGGGGAGGGCGGGAAAUAAAUUUGACGCCUUUAUGAAUUUAAAAAAGGAAAAAAAGCAGCUGGUUUUGCAGAGAAUUUGCUGAUGGUUUAUAACGAGUAGAGCCGAGCCGAAGUGCCGCCUUUGUUUCCUCACAGCCCUCUGCGUUGCGUUAAAGGGAGAUCUGGAUUCCGAACUCCACUGCCACAGUGAAUAAGUUUGGGGCCGACACUUGUAGCACAGCCUCUCAACGCGUUCCUGGCAGGAAAACAGUCUCGAGUGGGCAUAAUGUAAUUAUACUUGGAAACUGAAUUACGUCUGGCCUCUCUAUCCUGGCAGAAUUGGAAAAAAUUGGGAAUCAGCUCAUUCAUUUGGGGCGGGAGGAGGGAGCGCCAGGCUCACAAUAAGCUAUUGUGUCCAUUCCAAAUGUCACGUCGCUAUUUCUGCUGCUCCCUCCAGGGAUACAGAGCGGAUACUGAGCACUGGGCUCCGCGAUGGAAGGUGCGGCAGAAAUGGAGAAUAUUCUCUUGGAAGAAAAAUACCUUUCAGGAGUCCCGUUGUCCUGAAACGGUUGAAACGGAGCAGGAAAUAUCCCGAUAUUCCCAGCAGGGGGAACUGGGAGCGAUGGGGAUUUGGGUGUCCCUGAGCUUGUUAGGAAACAAAGCGCUGGCAUUUUGGUCUCGGUGUGACGAUUCUGUGCAUUCCAGGUUAUGUGCGUGUUCUCCGCUAAGUCUGAUUUUGCCUGUUCGAAUGGCAGCGGGUUGCGGCAAUUUGGAUGUUAUUUUAAUUUUUGGACUAAUAUUCCAAAGGACUUGAAGAUGCUCCAAACAGUUCCCAUUGCCGUUAAUUACCAAACCAAACUGACCGAGGGGGCAGUUGGUCCCUGCUCAGGUGACACGUGUUAUUUCCAGGUGAUCCUGGAUAACUCGUGACACCGCAGGAAAUAUAAAUACGUAUUCCCGCUGUACACGCUUUAUCUGAUAAGCAAAGGCCAGAUAAUUGGAGCUGUAGAAGGGCCUGAUACCCCAGUGACUGGUGCUUAGGUCAGUGGCUGCUGGAUGGAAAGGUUUUAUAAUAUCUAUUCUAAUCCACACCGUCCUGGAGCUGCCACCUUGGUAUCUGCCCUCGGAGCUGGGAGAAUUCAGUCUGCCUUGAGUUUUUAGAAGAAAAACUGGUGUAUUCUGUGGUUUAGUUGUGGCUUUGGGCUUCAGGUCUUUCGACCUCAGCCUCGUUGGGGCGCAGAUCCCGCUCGGCAGCUCUGGGUCUCCCGGGUAGGACGGGCAGGCGUGCGCUUCGGGAAUGCGGAGAAGGACUUUGCGUCAGGCAGGUGUCGACAGGUCAGAUAAACGGCGCAGAGCAGGGAGAAACGGCUUUAACCUGGAUUGUGCAGAAGACCUUGAAGCAGUAGUCUAUAUAUACCGACCGGGGGCUUGCAGUGCAAAGCCGGGCCAAUGUAUCAUUUUAUUUACAAUAAAAUUAUCAUUUAUAUGAAA